UUUGGGUUGAAGUUGAGGCUUUGGAGAGAAGCGAGCUAGCGACUGGCAGUCGUCGCGGCCGCGGACGCCGCGGGCGGUGGUGGAGGCCCCGCGGGACUCGAGCGGCCUGUCCUCCGCGUCGGCCGGGCGGGCCUCGCGUUACCGUCUCCGCCUCCCGCUCCCGGAACUCCCGGGCCUGCCCUGGCCCCUGUCUUUGCACUCCGCACGCCGCAGCGCCCUGUCCGGGCCGCACCCGCUGGCCCCAUGAGGAGGGACGUGAACGGAGUGACCAAGAGCAGGUUUGAGAUGUUCUCAAACAGUGAUGAAGCUGUAAUCAAUAAAAAACUUCCCAAAGAACUCCUGCUAAGGAUAUUUUCUUUCCUGGAUGUUGUUACCUUGUGUCGCUGUGCUCAGGUCUCCAGGGCUUGGAAUGUCCUAGCUCUGGACGGCAGCAACUGGCAACGAAUUGACCUGUUUGAUUUCCAGAGGGAUAUUGAGGGCCGAGUAGUAGAAAAUAUUUCAAAACGAUGUGGAGGCUUUUUACGAAAGCUAAGUCUUCGUGGGUGUCUUGGAGUAGGAGACAAUGCAUUAAGGACUUUUGCCCAAAAUUGUAGGAAUAUUGAAGUACUGAAUCUGAAUGGGUGUACAAAGACAACAGAUGCGACCUGCACUAGCCUUAGCAAGUUCUGCUCCAAACUCAGGCACCUCGACUUGGCUUCCUGUACAUCAAUAACAAACAUGUCUCUCAAAGCUCUCAGUGAGGGGUGUCCACUGUUGGAGCAGUUGAACAUUUCCUGGUGUGACCAAGUAACCAAGGAUGGCAUCCAAGCACUAGUAAGAGGCUGUGGGGGUCUCAAGGCCUUGUUCUUAAAAGGCUGCACACAGCUAGAAGAUGAAGCUCUCAAGUACAUAGGUGCACACUGCCCUGAACUGGUGACUUUGAACUUGCAAACUUGCUUACAAAUCACAGAUGAAGGUCUUAUCACCAUAUGCAGAGGGUGCCGUAAGCUGCAAUCCCUCUGUGCCUCUGGGUGCUCCAAUAUCACAGACGCCAUCCUGAACGCCCUAGGUCAGAACUGCCCUCGGCUUAGAAUACUAGAAGUGGCCAGAUGUUCCCAGUUAACAGAUGUGGGCUUCACUACUCUGGCCAGGAACUGCCAUGAGCUUGAAAAGAUGGACCUAGAAGAAUGUGUUCAGAUUACAGACAGCACAUUAAUCCAGCUUUCUAUACACUGUCCUCGACUUCAAGUAUUGAGUCUUUCACACUGUGAGCUGAUCACAGAUGAUGGGAUUCGUCACCUAGGGAAUGGGGCCUGCGCCCAUGACCAGCUGGAGGUGAUUGAGCUGGACAACUGCCCACUAAUCACCGAUGCGUCCCUGGAACACUUGAAGAGCUGUCACAGCCUUGAGCGGAUAGAACUCUAUGACUGCCAGCAGAUCACGAGGGCUGGAAUCAAGAGACUCAGGACCCACUUACCCAACAUUAAAGUCCACGCCUACUUCGCCCCUGUCACUCCACCGCCGUCAGUAGGGGGCAGCAGACAGCGUUUCUGCAGGUGCUGCAUCAUCCUAUGACGAUGGAGGUGGUCAGCUCGGUGAACUGAGUGUUGAGUGACACUUCUGGACUUACCACGGAGUCUCUCCAGUGGAAGCGGACCCAGGAUUCUGGGCAAGGGUUACAAAAGCAAGGGCAGCGUCCGGAUCCCCAGAGCCACACGUGCACAGGCACAUGCCCUCACCCCAUCCGCUGCAGUCCGUGACCAUGGCACUGAAGUUCGUACUGGCUGCAACAAGUGGAUUGGUAAAACUUAGCCAUUCCUAUUGGACGUGUCCAGAAGAAAUCUUAGGCCAUGGUAGAGGGAGGGGACAUCCCAGCAGAACCCAGUGUUACUACUGCUGUGGUUUAUUUUAUUAAAGGGUUCCUGUGGGGAUUUUGAAACAGUAACUGCAAUCUUCCAGGGUGAAAAGUAGCAUGGAAAACAAUAUAUGAUGAAUCCAGGGACCAGAAAGAACAUCCUUUGCAUCCUAGGAAUGGUAGCCAUCCAUUGGGAGAUGCCCAUGAAACUUCUGCGCUUCCCUGUUUCCAUGCCAACAUGCUGAGCAUGCUCACAAAGAAGGCUCGUCCACUCAUCUGGUGUUUUAGUAUUUGGCCCAGAGGUUUCCUUAGCAGCUAUAUUGAAAUUGCUGGGGUCCAAAUAUCCUUUUCCUUAGCUGCUCACUCUGUCCCUGUCACUGUACACCCAUCUCCCAUUCUCUUUGCUUACUGCACUCGGGCUCAGUCUGCUCCAGUCAUGGUCUGCUGCUCACAUUCAAUUGUUACUCCUUUGCUGUUGUGUUUACAGAUUGCAUUUGGGAUGAUUAGUUGGGGUUACCAAACAUUUUUAAAAAGAAACAUCAAUAAAUAUUUUUUUAAUCUAAAUUUUACCAUUAGGGGACCCUGCCUGAAUCUUUGCCAGUCUGGAGGGAAACCAUAACGGGAGCAGGAAAGUUAGGAUAGGAAAGAGUUUUGAUGAAAAGAAACUUUGCCUUUUGGUUUCUGUUGUCUCCUCUGCUGUUCACUCAUUUGCACAGUGUUCUCAAUGUCCCCUGCACAUUUCCCUCUUCUAAACUUGGUGAGCUUAUUAGGAAAGGAGAAGUGCAUCAUUAGUAGGAAGUGGAUGGCAAGUCCCCAGACAAAGCCUGGGUGUCCCCACUACCCAAGCUGAAGCACAAAUGGCCUGUGUUGACAGGAACAUGGUGAGAUCUCUGCCUGUCUGCAGAGUUACUUGAGUUACUUGCUUUGCAGCGGAGCGGGGCGGGGCUACAGUUAGUUUCUGGAGCCCCUCCCCCACUUAAUCCCACCAGGGAUAUCUAAUGAUGACACCUCAGAAGACCCGAGCGUAGCAGCCCAUUCUCUCUUGUUCGCUGCAGACUUACUUCCUCUGAGUGGAAUAUGAAGGCAGCCAGGCAGGGGCAUUGGGGCAGCCAGAGAGCCUUGAGAGGGAGUAAGGGAUCAGUGUCUACCAAGCCUGGGACCUGGCCCCUAAGCUGAGAAAAGGGGUUUAGUACCUAUGGCUCAGAGUCAAGAAGAAGCCUCUUCAAAAAAAGACUCACAGAAAAUGAGAGAAGUUCAAUGAGUUAUUCCUAAACUCCAGUGUUAGAGGCCUUGUGUGAUGUUUAAUAGGGUGUUGGGGGAAAGGCUUUUUAUUUUUAGGACGUGGAUGUGCAAGCCAAUAUGAUCCCAAGAUGUUAAAAGGGUUGUUUUGAAGCUAUAGGUACUGGUUCUACCAGAAUAUAUAAGAAUAAAGUCUGAUUUGUUUCUCCAUUAAUGUAGAAAACAGUCAGAUGGAAAGGCCCUAGAAUUCUAUACUACCAGAUUUAUUUAUCAUAUUAAAUGUAUUUAAAAUGCUCUUUUGAAAGCUAAAUUACUUGUGGGGUUUUUUGUUUUUGUUUUUUUGUUUUUGUUUUUGUUUUUAUUCCUUCUCACCUUUAUGUUCAAAUUACCUUGCAAGAAAUUUCUUUUUUCCUCUGAUACCAACUGGUCUUGGCACCUGGGCUCCAGUUCCCCUCCUCUCAUCCAGCAUCCUGAGAAUGGGGCUGCAGUGGUUCACACUGUUUUACCCGGCAGGAACAUUUGUGCACACCUCCACCACCAGGGAUGACGUCAUGCUCUCUAACCCUGGCUGGCCUGGAAUUUGUGGUUAUCUUCCUGCCUCAGCCUCCCAAAUACUAAGAUUAUAGGUGCAAGCCACCAUAUCAAACUCAUUAUACUUUUAAAGUCUGACUCAGUAUGUACAUAGAUGUAUACACACUUCCAAAUGUAUUUAGAUUUAGAUCCCUAAGUCUCUCAAACAAAGCUCUUAGCUCUAAACUGUGUUGUUUGAUUUUGUCCCCUAAGUGCCUAACGAGUUGACAGUGAACCCUGAACACUAACGGUCAGUAGACAUACAUUUGAAUUGCAGUCGAAGCCAUUCAAGCACCUCUUCUUUCCAUGAGAGGUUGAACGAGUCUGCUAUUCACCAGUAUGUCAGAGGUCUUAAAAACGCUGUUUUUCUUCUCAGUGUAUUGCCACAUGCAGGUUCAUUGGAUUUGUCUUGGUGACCUUUGCUGUUAAGGCAAAUUCCAACCUUUCUGGGCCAAGAACAUCAAAGGAGAAGGCCUAUGGCUGUACAGCCCUGGCUGCAUAUGGUCAGGCAGGAGACGUGUUCCUUUCUCAAGUAACAUCAGGCCCAUCAUGCUUGGAGGAAAAUAAAUGUUUUUUUAAACGUUGAUUUGAAUCCUACACCAGCGUAUUACACCAAGACUCCGUGGUAAGUUUCAGUCAGGUGGAAAGAGCCCUGACAUUUGAAUAUAAAUGCUUCCUGUCUACAUGUGCAGAAUACUUCUAAGAAUUCAGUAGGGUUUUGGUUUGGUUGCUUGGGUUUGGGGUUGUUUUGGGGGCCAUGGAUGGAACCCGGGGCCCUUGCACGCAUGUUCUCUACCACUGAGCUGUAGUUCCGGCCCCUAGUAAAACUUAACAUAAGAAAUUCCCCUUUGGAAAAGACUGUUGGGAGUUGCCAAGAUGACUCGGAAGGGAAAGGCACUUGCCAUGCAAUCCUAAUAAUGGGGUUUGACCUCAGAACCCACAUAAAAGAGCUGGAUGUAAUGUGCAUCCAUGAUUCCAGCGCUCCUGUAACUAGAAGGGAGGUGGAGACAGGAGAAUAGGCCAGAGGCUUGAGGGCCAGCCAUCAUGGAGCACAUCGCUCUGGCAGAAACGAGAGAGACCUUGCCUUAAGAAGGUGUGGAAGGAGAGAAUGACUCCAGGAAGUUGUCCUUUGACCUCCACACAAGCUGGCAGGCAUGUGCCUGCACUCACACAAUGAAAACAUAGUUAGGAAGAAAUAAACGCUCGGGGAGCCAGGUGAGGGGGAGUGUGUAAUCCCAGCACAAAAGAAGCAGAAGUAGGAUUCCUGCAAGAGCCAGGCCAGGUUGGGAUACAUAGCUUGAGACUGCCUCUGAAAGGGGAAGAAGCCUGUGGGUCCAUUUGUCUACUUUUACACCCACUCCAGAAUACGCCUUUUAUGAUGAAAAAAAAAAAAAAAAA